UAAGCCCCGGAAGUACUCGCUACCUGAGAAGCGUGCUGGUUAAGAAGUAGAGUCAGAGGUCGUGGGGCCAGAAGGCGUUCCUGCCGCUGGCCUAGUCGCGAUGUAGCGGAGGGGCAGGCGUCCUCUUGCAUGUUCUGGAAGGUUCUUGUGCUCCACUAGGGCAGUAGUCCCAAGACUUGUAGUCGCCGGCUUCGGGUCCCUGGCGGCUGAGCGGAGUCGCCGCCAUGUUUGGCUGCUUGGUGGCAGGGAGGCUGGUGCAAACAGCUGCACAGCAAGUGGCAGAGGAUAAAUUUGUUUUUGACUUGCCUGAUUAUGAAAGUAUCAACCACGUUGUGGUUUUUAUGCUGGGAACAAUUCCAUUUCCUGAGGGAAUGGGAGGAUCUGUCUACUUUUCCUAUCCUGAUUCAAACGGAAUGCCUGUAUGGCAACUCCUAGGAUUUGUCACAAAUGGGAAACCAAGUGCCAUCUUCAAAAUUUCAGGUCUUAAAUCUGGAGAAGGAAGCCAACACCCUUUUGGAGCCAUGAAUAUUGUCCGGACUCCAUCUGUUGCUCAGAUUGGAAUUUCAGUGGAAUUAUUGGACAGUUUGGCUCAGCAGACUCCAGUAGGCAAUGCUGCUGUAUCCUCAGUUGACUCAUUCACUCAGUGGUCUGGAACUGAACUGCAAUAUGUCCGAGUUCACACAAAAGAUGUUGGACAACUUCUACAAUUUUGCUUCAUCAUUUGCUGUCUCUCAGGCCCAGAUGACACCGAGUCCAUCUGAAAUGUUCAUUCCAGCAAAUGUGGUUUUGAAAUGGUAUGAAAACUUUCAAAGACGACUAGCACAGAACCCUCUCUUUUGGAAAACAUAAUUUGAAUAAAAUAAUUUUUAAUGGA